AUGUAUGGCUUGCCGUUCAAAAUAGUCACCGAUCACAAACCGCUCGAAGUCAUCCUGAACAACCCUAGGCAUCAGACGUCAAUACGGCUGCAAAGAAUGAUGGUACGAAUGCUCGAUUAUGAGUUCAAGGUCGAAUAUAGGCCCGGAAAGACGAAUAUCUCCGAUUAUACAUCUAGGCACCCGCUGCCUCGUGAAACCUGCACUAGAAGGGAACUAGGCACUACCAAGGAUGUCAAGCAGUACGUGAAUUUCGUGGUCGCAAGUGACAUUCCCCGGGCUAUCAGCAAAGAGGACCUGGUAAAGGCAACGGAAAACGACGAGGAACUAAAAAGGUUAAUCACCUGUAUACGGGAGAGGAAGAUCGACCACAGGAACCAAGACAUGAAAGCGUACUUCAAUAUUUACGAUGAAUUGGCUGUGGCUGACGGUCUUGUCCUUCGGGGUGAAAGAAUCAUAGUCCCUCGAGAAUUCAGAGAAACUAUGGUGAAAAUUGCUCAUGAGGGUCACCAGGGCAUCGUUCGUACGAAACAACUGCUUCGUGCCCACGUUUGGUUUCCCGGAAUCGAUAAGAUGGUCGAAAAGCACGUUGGGAAUUGCCUAGCUUGUCAAGCUACCAUCCCUUGCCACACCAGAGAGCCACUCCAAAUGUCGGAGCUACCAACAGGUCCGUGGAAGAAGAUCAGUGUGGAUUUUGCGGGACCUUUUCCAAAUAAGGACAUGGCUUUAGUGUUCUGGGACCAGUAUUCAAGGUAUCCUGUCGUAGAAUUUGUCACAAGUACCUCCGCAGAGGCUGUAAUUCCCCAGCUCACACGUGUUUUCACUACUUAUGGAAUUCCAGAAGAGGUGAAGACAGAUAACGGCCCCCCAUUUAAUGGGUCCAAAUUUGCAAAAUAUGCCCAAGAACAAGGGUUCAGGCACAGGAAAGUCACACCCGGAUGGGCGGAGGCAAAUGGUGACGUCGAACGAGUCAUCCAGACGGUCAAAAAGAGCGCGAGGGUUGCCAAGAUUAAGGGGAAAGCAUUUAAACAAGAGAUCCAAAGGACGGUUGGCAACUAUCGUGCCACACCCCAUCCUGUGACGAGACAGAGUCCCGACAAGCUUAAGUUCGGGAGAGAGAUAAGAAGAAAACUGCCAGAAAGGGUCGUUCCCCAGGAAGAACAACGCCAUGAACUAAUCCGUGAAAGAGACCAGAGAAAGAAGAAGCAAAUGAAAGCUUAUGCUGAUGAGCGCAGACGCAUAUCACAAAGCUCGAUCAAAAUUGGUGACUGUGUCCUUUUGAAACAGAAUAGGGGUAACACGUUGACCCCACCCUAUGAUCCACGACCAUAUGCAGUCGUUGGAAUAAAAGGGAGCAUGAUCACUGUGAAGAGAGGAAAGGAAGUCAAAUCCCGCAAUUCUUCCCACUGUAAGGUACUCAAGUAUGCUGGAAAGGAGGAGCACGACUAUUUGGAUUGGGACAAAGAACAAGGGAGGAGGUGUAGUGUCCAGGCCUCCAAGUUCUCCAAGUUCACGCCCAAGGCCCCAGGAGACAUUUACUCGAGUAUUUAUUAUGCACGGUCCGACAGCUACCUUGGCAGCUAUGUGUCCAGAAAAGCAGCUCUUUUAGAGCUCCUCACAAAAAAAGGCUCCUUUAGGAGCCACCAAAUCUAA